AUGCACGAAGCUCUUCAAUACGAACCAUUGUCUCGAGAUCGAACCAUUCGAGUCAUCGACUUGGCUCCCGGCACCUGGGACGAGCCUGUGACUUGCUCUUUGAGGAUCGUCCACGUAGACGACGACGACACUCGCUACGAAGCCAUCUCCUAUGCUUGGGGUGACCUCAACGAUCGCAAAACUGUCGUUUGCAACGGACAUGUCGUUAGCACCACCCGCAGUCUGUUCGAGGCUUUGCAGCGCUUCCGAUGCGCCGAUACUACGAGGACGCUUUGGGCCGACGAGCUCUGCAUAAAUCAGGCCGAUAACGAGGAGAGGGCCAUGCAGGUGCAGCGUACGGUCUUCAUCUACGCAAGUGCCGUUCGCGUGCUCGUGUGGCUGCAACAUGAAGACGAUCAGUACAGUAGAGUCGCGAUCCGCUUCCUCGACCAGAUGUACCGCUCCGAUGAUUACGUGGACGACAAACUGAUCGGUCGCAUCUACCGACUCCGCCAUGACCCGAGUCGCAUGUUCUCAGUCUGCCUAUCGCCCCCUCCGUCAUCAAAGCUGUACCUCACCUCGGAUCAGUACAAGUGGAAGAUGAGAGUACUGCCACCGCAGAAAAACGAUCAAAUGCUGCAAGUUAUCAAGAAGACGAUCGCCGAGUUGAACAAGCAGUACAUGCUCUUCUGGCGCAUUGGUUUAGAAGUGUCGCAUUUGACGAUGAGUCCUCCCCUGUGGCCCCGUCAUUUGGAGGAGUACUCGACGAAGCUGUACGCUUUCAAGGAAAAGGAUCGAGAGUUUCCGAUGGCUGUUGAGGCAACACUAUCGAGAGGCUGUCGUCGUUUGACCGCGGAGACCAUUCUGGUACGCGAGAAAGACGACAUGAACGGACCUAAACCUGGCAUGCCGCUAAAGACAUGGCUUCUGUUCCUGGUCAAUUCUCGGGAUAGCCUGGGUGAAGCUGGUUGGCAGCUUCAGCGGGGGUGGUGGGCAUCGAACGACCAGGACUUCUCCAUCAUGACCUUGCCUGCCGAGAUACGUUGCGAGAUUCUCCAGCAAAUCUUGGGUGGCAAUAUCUAUCCUGUCGCCAGAGAAAAUCCGAAUGUGUCAGGGCCUGUGGUCUUUCUGGGAGCCAAGAGCGGGAAUAUGCCUGUAUCUCAUUGGCCUGAAGUCCCACCGGCUUCUCGGCCAGAUCCACCCAACUAUGCCAUCCUUCGAGCCAGCAAACAGAUCUACGGUGAGGGCCUGAAAGCGGCGUGGGAGGGUACAACAAAGCACUUUGCAGAUGGACUUUGGCUGGAGAAAGUGCUGGAAGCACCAAUUGCUCCAUCUAACUAUCGCUGGCUCACUCAUAUCCAACUCUCUUUGAGUACAAAAGAAUGCUUCCGAUUUUUCGGGAUUGACAUUCACCCCGUCCUUCGAUUGCCGCCGCUUGUACCAAAAGCUCGCUUGCUGCAAGGAAUCGCUACCCUUAAUAACCUCGAAAUCGUAUUUGGAUCACCAUACGUUCCCUAUUCAAACCCUUGGUUUUCUUUUCCCAAUCGCCCGCCAACCAUAAUGAAGUAUCCGUGUCAUAAGACCAUGGUCGAGUGGGCGCUGAUCUUCGCCUUUCCAUACCUCAAGCACAUCCCGAAUGUUCGGCUCGCAGGCUGUAUCAAGACCUGCACAAAAUCGAAAUGGGAACAUAUCCUAAGCAAUGAGUACUACUUGCGGAAAGAGAGCUUCAAGACUCACGGAUACGACCCUGCUAUGGAGGCUUAUGAGCUGUUAGAAGAACAGCGCCCUAUGCACCGGCAAGUGUGA